UGAACAACUAGCAAACCAUAGGCUCUGGUGUGAAACAUUCAUGCAGCGAUGGGAAGUGUCAUCAGUUCAGAGCAAGUUUACCAAGGGCCUGAUUGUUCAAACUCUUGGCACAUGGUCAUUUCAAUAAUACAUCUGAACAAGGGAAGUUCUCAAACCCAGGCCUGGAUGCAGUGCACGUGUAUCUUUAAGCCCAAUUAACUGUGUAAAUUGUGGAAGAAAAAAAAAAACUUCUUUACUUAUUUUUCAGCCACAGAGUAUGAAGAAAUGGUUUUGUUUCUAACGCCGGAUGCUUGAUCAAAAAUACAAAUGUAAUCAUAUGUCAAUCAGCAACUCAUUUAUAAAUUCCAACAUGCUGAUCACGCCUUCAAAGAUCAAUCAAAGGGCAGGAGCACUGCCCUCUAAAUCCAUCCCAUUAAGUAAAAUCCCUCCAGGUGCUGGGACCCCUGUCAAAGAACUGUUGAGGAUGGUAGUAAGAGAAGAAGAAGAAAAAGCAAGCCCUGCGAAAUUUUGGAAGCCAAAUUGGGCUUUUCGGAAAGCACUACCGAAUGGCGGAGUAAAACACAAGUUGCAUUCCACUGUGCUGGAUGGCUCUCUCAGCUCCAAGAACUGUGGCAUAUCAUCUCCCGAGCUGAGCAGCAUUGGAGCCGAGGAUAACUUGACACUGUUGCAUGGGAAUAACUACGGCACCAACCACCCGAACAUUAUAGGACAAAAAAACAAAAUGUUAAGUGUGGUGGGCUCCUCCAGACCUCACGACUCUCCUGCCAAAGUGUUUGAGAGGCUAAAGAGGCAAAUGGAAGAGCGGGCUAAAGGUGUCCAUUCAAUGCCAGGCAAAGCCGAACAGCAGGGCCCCCGGUGGACCCCACAGAAGCAGGGAGGCCCCCAGGAGUCUCCUUGGAAACCAGGUGUCUAUCACACACCAGGGAAGGUGGGCCGACCAGGUCAGCCACCUGCCACGACCAUGGACAUCAGGAGUUACCCGAAGGACAUGCUGCAGACUUCUGUCUUGCGCUCCUUACCCCCACACUCCAACAGGAACGGCACAGGGGCAUGUAGAGACAAUGAGGACAACAGCAUUUUUGCAGUACCAGCAGUGCCAGCUAAGAAACCAGCAUAUCCUAGCACCGUCACAGUGGGCCAGCCGAGGGAAUCGCCGGCUAAGAUUUUUGCACGCUUGAAACAAGAAGCUGAAAUAAAACAACAGCAGCAGCAAAAACAGCAACAGCAGCAGCUGCAGCUACAGCAAGCCAGCGAUCCAGUUAGCAGCACAGUGGAUAUUAGGCCAGAAGGAUAUGUGCUUCAGGGCCCAGGGACUGCACCAGUGCCAAUGAGUGGAGACGAGGGGGAUGAUGAAAUCUCCCAGGAUACAGUUCAGAGCCUGGCAGAAACCACUGAGAGCGAUGCAACAGACACCAGUCUUACUCCCCCUGUUGGUUUGGGGCUUGGUAAAAGUAAACCAGAUUCAGCCGCUUUGGAUCUUAACAGAUUGCCCUACCCUAAUCUUCCCCCAAAUCAGGAAUGGCGUGAUAUCUUACUGAAGUCCCCAAGAAUUUCCAUUCCGAGAAAGCAGAUUACCAUAUCACAGCCAAGGAACGAGCCGGAGAGAGAGAAGACUGGCAGCCAGCCAAAGGACUCAGAUACAUCGGCAGGGCAGAUACACCUCCAUGAGUGGUUUAUCAAGAAACUUAACAAAACAGACGUGUGUGUUGAGGGAAGGAGACAGGAUUUAAAUGGACAGUACUGGCACAGCAAUGUGAUUGCAGAACGGUUAAAAUGCAACACACUGAAGACCAUUACCGGCAGCAUCUACGUCUUGCAUGGGAAGAUGAAUAUGAACGCCACUAGUAAAGUGUUUUCGAGAUCGUUCUUGAAAAAGUUUCAGUUUGGCUUUCCAGAAAAGUGGAAGGAUUAUCUUCAGAACUACUUGGAAGAGCUUAAAGGACGUAGAGCACAGCCAGAAAAAACGACUGAACAGGAUCAUAAACCAACACGCAUUGUGCCUGCAUCUGAGGUUGAACCAGUGAAGAACAAAAAGCAAACUAAAGUCACAUAUCCAGCAAGGUCUUCACACAAAUCAGUGCAACAGACCCCAAAAAGGACAGAGCUACCGAAUAGCUUUCAAGUUACCCGCAGCGGGAGGCACGUCUUGCCACCAAUGGAAUACUGGAGAGGACAAAGAUACAUAAUCGAUCCGGACCUGAAUGUGACAGUAGAUGAGGGCCGCACCAAUUACUUGGAUGAGAGAAUGCGUUCUAGUGCCAAAAGAGGUGAUAAAAGGAAAUGCAGCACUAGACACAAGACAAAGACAGACGCUGAGGUGGCCAGUAAUGAGGAAAAGGACCGGCCUAAAAGUAAACGCACAGCUGUGCCCAAGACGGACGAGAGCUGUGAGAAUGAUGAAGAGAAUGAAGGCAAGCUUGGCUAUGCCACUUCUUUCAAGCCUUACUCUGUGAUAUUGACACCCAUCAGAACAGUCUCCCAGUUAAAAGACAGAUGCUUAAACCACAACCUUAGAUACGCGAACACCAGCGAGCCUGACAGUGCAGCCGCAGUUAAAACCUUGUCCGGGCGUCAGGUCGAUAAGCAGUCAGACAGCCAAAGCGAUGUGUCUUUUACAGCUGUGGAGCCAGGACCGUCCAGUGACGAUGAUGAGCAGGUCAUUCAGAGGAAGACCAAGCACCGACUCAGGGCAGGUGGGAGAGGGGCAGCGGAGAGGGACAAGCCGCCUCAAAAAGACACCGCUGCCAGUCACAACCGCACAGCUACGGGCUCUGCCUCUCUUUUUAAGUCUCCUACACCUACCACCGGCAAGUUGAAGGAUACAGAUUCUAAGAAACAAAUAAAAAAGGCCAGAGUGAGUUGUGAAGUGCCGCUGAGAUCGCAGAGCGAAAUGAGCGACUGUGGCACAGAGCGUACCUUGCGCUCAACAUCAAAGAACAGGCAGGAAAUGAUCGCUAAGGAAUUCAAGACUGAAAAGCACAACUCUGAGCCACACUGUUCAGUGAGCACCAAGCCAGCUCAACAGAGCAGCAGGGGUUCAAAGGACCUUGUUUCUCAAAUACGAAUAAAUAUUCCCAAAAAGUCUCAGAAUGUCGUGCAGGAUUGUGAGGCUGAAAUACCCACAGACUGCUUUGUGAGCUCCACGUCGGCUCCACAUAGCAGGAAGAAAUCAAAGGAUACUGAGUGUCCGCUGCACCUCAAGAAAAACUCGAGGAAGACCUUGCAGGAAUCAGAGACGGAAAUGAGUGCAUCUGGGACGGAACGAAACAGCAGAGCUUUAAAGAACAAUCCGACACAGCUAAUUAGAAAAAAACAGAGGUCAAAGGUUCUUCAGGACUCGCAGAGUGAAAUGAGUGACUCUGGCACAGAGCGUGCCUUGCAGCUUAGGUCUGCAUCGCGAAACAGCAGAGCUUCCAAUAAUGUUAAUUCUUUAAUGCAGCUAAAGAAAGCAAAGCAGAUUUCUAAAGUUGUGCAGGAAACUGAGUCGGAGUCUGAAAUGAAUGGUUUUGUCCGACGCCGUGUUGCUCCACUUAAUAGGAAGAAAUCAAAGAGAAACGCAAAGAGUUCACAAGAACUGGAGACCGAAAUGAGUGACUCGGACACAGAACCUUCCUCGCAGACCAAGUCUUCCUCUCGCAACCGUAGGGGCCCAAAGGACAGUGAUCGUCCUGUUCGGCUUGUUAGGACAAAAAAUAAUUCAAAGGUCCUGCCAGAGUAUGAAUCGGUGAACUCUAGCCCAGACCAUGCUGUUCAUUCCACGUCAGCAUCACUUAAGAGCAGGGAUCCACAGAGUACCAAAAGGACUCUGAAUGUCCCGCAGGGAUCCGAGGUUAGUGAAUCUAGCAAAGGAGAUAUCGAUGCUGCAGGCUCCAAGUCUGCUCCACAUAGCAGUAAAAGCGUAAAAGAUGCAGAGCUGAAGAGUAAGAAACAGAGUGACGGGAAACCCAAGUCCUGUGAACAGAGCUCUGAAAAAAGCAACAAAAACAGGGACAGUAAAGCAGCGCCCCCUGCAGGGCUGAGAAAGGGACAGCAUGGAGCCACAGAAGAGAAGAGCUCCCAGCCUGUUGAGGCUAGAGAUAAGAGAGGGGGGGGAGAUGAUGAAGACCAAUUCAGCGAGGAUGCCUGGACCAAGAAAGAACUUGAAAAGCUGUACAACUCUGUUGCAGCUCUUCCGAAGCAUCGGAGCGGACUCUGGCUGGGUGUUUCCAUGGCCGUCGGGACGCGAUCGGCCGAGGAAUGCCAAAGGAAAUACACAGAGGGACAUCACUCGAACAAGAAGAAAGCUAACAGCAAAAAGAAGGACACCGGCAGCAAGAAGGAAGAGCCAGAGAAGGAUCCUGUCAAGAUAACUGCACGUGUUGGAACAUUGAAACGCAAGAAACAGCUGCGGCUCUUCCUCGACCAGCUGCCGAAAGACGACCACGAUGACGUUUUCAGCGCCUCUCCUUUACAGAGCAAGAGAGUAAAGUUACCCUCCCUCUGUGGGGGUCAGGAAGAUGACGUCUUUCAGCUGACGGAGAUCAACCCUCAAACCCCUUCCUCCGCCCGCUUUCCCUUGGUGAAAACCCCGCAGUGCCUGCACAUCAGCCCCGGUAUGCUGGGCUCUGUCAACAGGAACGAUAAUGACAGGUAUGUUUUCAACCUGCAAAAGAAAGAGAAGAGGGGCAAAUUGAAGACCUGGGCCAAUGUUAGAAUGCAAGCGGGUUCUAACAGCUUUGCAACUCCAUCUAGAAGAAGGGGAACAGUGCUGAGUUCUGCAGAUGAAAAUGAGAGGUCCAUUGUGGGAAAACUCUUGAGUAAAGAAGACCCAAAACUAUCAGAUGAAAGUGAGGAUGAUUAUUAUUUUGUACUGGAAGAUUGAGUUGUGACGUUACCAAGUAAAAUGUUUAAGGAAACAAUGUUUUUCAGCAGAUUCCCUAGAUAGCAUGUCAAUUCAGGACUUUGUUCCAGCCUCAUCCUUGUCAAUAAUUCAGGACCAGCGCUUUAAUUGCAGUUAGGAACUCCUCACGUGAGUCCUGCACCUACUCCUGAGUUCCAGAAUCCUUCUUUGGGCAGUGAAAUGACCAGCUGGCAGGAAUUUGAUCAAUCAGACACGCUACAAAAUCUGAUAACCCUUAAUCUGAGUCUGGGGGGUUUCCUAUCUGAAAGUGUCCAUGCAGUUGCAAGGGUGGGGACCUAUUAUUAACAGUGGGCUGCUUGCUCAAAUAACAGACCUAACUGAGGGGAGUUCGGAAACCCAGGACUGGGGAGGGCUGGUGUGAGUUUCUAACCCUGGAUAAUCAAUUAAAGAAUUGGGGACCUGGUUAGAAGAAGCCGCUGGAUUGGAAUGGAAUGAAACACACACAUUUUCCAUACAAAAAAACAAAUUAAGUUGAGUAUAUAUUUUACUUAUGUACAUAUUGCAAAUAAAUGUCUGCAUGUGGUGCGCAAUGUAUCAGUUAUAGUACACAUGAUGUAAAGAAUGAGAAGAACAAUGUGGGUCCUCCUCAAUGUGUCCUGUUACUUGGUAAAAUAAUAUAGGUUUAGUAUUUUUUAUUUCUGUUUGCCGUUUAAACUCUUCCAGUCUUUUCCAUGGUGUAUUCCAGUAAACCUUUACAAGUGAAGUGCAGGGGGAGGGGGGGAUCGGCUUCCUUUUCAGGAUAAGAACUUGCAGAUCUAUUGUUUAUAGAUUUUUUUUUUUUAAUUCAUCU